AAGAUGUUCCAGGAGCUCAGCGGUGCCAACAGCUCGAAGGGCCAGGUCUCUGAGUUCGUUCUGAUGGGUUUCCCAGGCAUUCACACCUGGCAGCACUGGCUCUCUCUGCCCCUGGCGUGGCUCUACCUCUUAGCUCUCAGUGCCAACAUCCUUAUCCUGAUCAUCAUCAAUCACGAGGCAACCCUGCACCAGCCCAUGUACCACUUCCUGGGCAUCCUGGCGGUGGUAGACAUGGGCCUGGCCACCACCAUCAUGCCCAAGAUUUUGGCCAUCUUGUGGUUUGAUGCCAAGGCCAUCAGUCUCCCUGAGUGCUUUCUGCAGAUGUAUGUCAUCCAUUGCUUUCUAGGCAUGGAGUCGGGCGUCUUUGUCUGCAUGGCUAUGGAUAGAUAUGUAGCCAUUUGUCGACCACUACACUAUACAUCCAUAGUUACACGGUCUUUUGUGGCCAAAGCCAUGGUGUUCAUGGCACUGAGAAACUGCUUACUUACCAUCCCAGUGCCUGUGUUGGCUGCCCAGAGACAAUACUGCUCCAGAAACGAAAUUGAGCACUGUCUGUGCUCGAAUCAUGGAGUCACCAGCCUCGCCUGUGAUGACAGGACCAUCAGCAGCAUGUACCAGCUCCUUCUGGCUUGGACAUUCAUGGGAAGUGACUUGGCUUUGAUUAUGUUGUCAUAUGCUUUGAUACUUCAUUCUGUGCUGAAGCUGAACUCAGCCGAAGCUGCAUCCAAGGCCCUAAGCACCUGCACGUCCCACCUCAUCUUAAUCCUGUUCUUCUACACGGCCAUCAUUGUCCUCUCAGUCACCCACAGUGCAGCAAUGACGGUUCCCCUCAUCCCAGUCCUACUCAAUGUGCUCCACAAUGUCAUUCCUCCUGCCCUCAACCCCGUGGUCUAUGCACUCAAGAACAAGGAGCUCAGACACGGCUUGUAUAAGGUUCUUAAGCUGAAAGUCAAGGACAACUAG